CUAUGCACUACAGUCACGGCUGUUGAAGAUUUUUACAAGGCUCUUAAUGGCCCUCCGCAGCUGAAGGGAUGGAGAUUGGAUAGUGGGGAUCCUUGUGGUGAAUCAUGGGCUGGACUGUCAUGUUCUGGGUCAUCUAUAAUACACCUUAAACUUCAGGGGCUGAACCUCUCCGGGUAUCUUAGUGCCCAGCUCUAUAAUAUGCUCAACCUGAAGACACUGGAUGUUAGUUCCAAUUACAUAGUGGGUGAAAUUCCAUAUGUCUUACCCCAAAAUGCCACUCAUAUGAAUCUAAGCCACAAUUUGUUAUCUGGACCUGUUGGCAAUGUAUUUACCAGCCUACAGAACUUAAGAGAACUGGAUUUGUCAUACAAUAACUUGACUGGAAGCCUCACAAGUUCAUUUGGAUCCUUGACAAACCUCACUGGAUUGUUCCUGCAGAAUAACAACUUUACUGGAUCAGUUGAUUAUCUAGCUGUGCUACUUCCACAAACAGAUAUGAACAUUGAAAACAACAGUGUUGAUCCAUUUCUUAUCAAGCAGGUCAGUUUUUCUAGUAUUUUACAAGAUGAACACAAGAGUAAGAUACAUCUUGCUCUUGUGUUCAUCCUGUUUAUUGGGGUUGGCCUAGUGUUGGCUAGCAAACCCAAUAAUACUGGGAAAGGGAAAAGGAAACUGGAUGAAGAAGAGUUAAAACCAUUAAGUGAGAGGUUUACCAAAAGAGUAAUCCUUGUGAUCGAGGACCAGAAGGCCAAGGAGACUGUCAUAGAGGAGGAGGAGGAGGAGCCUAAAGUGAAGGAUAAGAGGAGGAAGAAAGCCCCCUCACCGCCAAAGGUCAAAGUCCCCGCCCACGAACCGGAUCCAACAACUGAUCCAGAAGAUCUUUGAGUGAAAGACUUAGCUUACUAAGUGUAGUUAUGCAAUGAAAUAAUGCAUUGAACUUCAUUGUUUGGUGGUUCUGGUUCAUCGAAUCAUAACAAUCUUUGAAGCUGUUUUUCCUUAAUAAAUGGAUUUAGCCAGUUAAGUAGUUUAAAUCUGUUGCUUGGGCUAAUGAAUCCGCUUCUUAUGUUGAAUCCGCUUCUUAUGUUGAAUGACCAAAAUAAGCAUAAUGGGAAAGUGCUAA